GUUUUUUAAUUAAUUUAAUUUUUUCGUCCAUAAUAAAGUGGUAUCCAAGUUCUGACAGUAUCACUUUUGGUUUACUUUAAUUUUUUUCUCCAUGUACAUAAAACAGCCACAACACCAGAAGAUAUCCGAAGAAAGGGCUAAUGUCCACGAAACAAGGCAUAAUGAACGCGAAAACAUUAGUCUAACAAGCAGUACUCAUAACAGAGUGAUUAUAAUUAUUGACGACAUGCCACCUGGUUCACCCAUUCCCGAAAAUACUCAAGCAGAGGAAGGUAAGAAUAAUACAAGUAACUAUAAGAACCCGGAUAAAGCAUCAAGAAUAGUGACAGUCUCUAUAGGGGAUAGUGCCACCAAUCAAAGUGGUAAUGAUAACAAAUACAUCAUACCCAGACAGUCAAUAUCUCCUGUCGCUCGCCAAAUUGGUACCCACGGAUUCAAUACUUCCCCACCGCGUAACCAGGAUAGGGAUACAAGCUUAAUUUAUAGAGCUGAGAAUAGGGAUCGAUGUCCUUGCCGUUAUCGUAGACAGUCCCCUUCAACACACACUCUUUGAUCACCAACAUGAAUAGGUCACCAUCACCUUCCGAUUACCCAUAUAAUUCUCUUUAUUACCCUUAUCAGGGUCAUUCACCCUCUUCGCUAA